AUGUCUGAUCAACAACAGAAUGAUAAAUCCAAGCAUAUUGGAGCCAUCUUCUUGAUGAGGUACUAUACAGUGCUCUCUACCAAUCCAGAGAAUCUCAAGCACUUCUAUCAUGACAAGUCAUCAUUCACAAGAAGAACACAAGUAGAUAGUGUAUCAUCAGUAGUUGGUAUUGAGAGUAUCCAUAAUCAGGUGAUGGAGCUUGGAUUACUUGGAAGCAAGGUGUCAAUCAAGACUAUUGAUACUCAAGAGUCACUUAAUGGUGGUCUGUUUGUAUCUUGCACUGGUGUGAUGAUCAAGUCCAUGGAGCAUCACAAGUUCUUCCAUUCAUUCUUCCUUGAGAAGUCAGAGUCCAGCUACUUUGUCUUGAAUGACAUCAUGGUCUUUGAUGGAAAGGAGGAGCAACAAGAUGAUAUUCCAGAUGAAGCAGCCUCAGCAGCAAAUGAUGAACAACAGACACAAAGAGUUGAUCAAGUAUCUAUUGAGGCCUCUGCAACUAAUGAGUUCAAUCAAGUGAUUUCAGUGACUUCAGAUGACUUUGUUCAAUCAAAUGAUAGAUUGGUGGCUGUGGAGGACAAUGAGGCUUCAUCUGGAAGUGCUUCACCAUCAAAGACCUCGGGACUCGAUGCAGAGCCACAACAUCAAGAGGCCUUGCCAUCUGUUGCUGCAGAGACUGCCGUGACGCCAAGUGAAGUAGCUCAUCCGACUUCAUCUCAGGCAUCGUCACCAUCACCUCCACCACCAACACCCGUCCAAACAUCGACACCCGCUCAAGCCCCAGCCCCCGCCCAAGCCCAAGCCUCAGCCCCAGCCCAACCCAAGUCAUUCUCCUAUGCUGACAUUGUGUUGAACGCUGCCAAGUCUGAUGUUGCACCAGUACCUCACGUUCAAACAGUCCAACCAAUAGUCGUGGCACCAGUAACAACAUCAACAUCGACAUCAACUCAUACAGCAGCAGGAGCAGCAACAGCAACAGCAACAGCACAUGGAAAGGAGAAUCACAAGGAGGGAAGCACAUUGUUUGUUAGCUUCGUGCAACAGGGCAAGCAUCUGAUCGAGGAGGAGUCAUUACGUGCGACAUUCACGCCAUUCGGAUCGAUUGCCAACAUCCGUUGUUUGACCGACUAUGCCUUUGUCGAGUUUGACAAGUCGGAGCAUGUCCACAAAGUGUUGGAGCACAUCACCACCUCUGGUCCACUGUUCAUUGGAGAGCAUCAGCUAAAGGUUGAGGAGAAGAAGAAGAAUGCCAAGAGUAACAACAACAACAAUGUAAAGGCAUCAUCAAACAACAACAACAACAACAACAAUAACAACAAUAGCAAGAAGGGUGGAAAGGAUAGAAAGGCACAGGAUAACAACAACAACAACAAUAACAACAAGCAAGAUAGAGAUAGACAUGAUAGACAUGACAACAAACACGACAGACAUGACAGACAUGAUAGACACGAUAGACAAUCAAUGUCGACAAGUGGGGAGAGACAACACCAACAUCAUUCAGACAACAAGGGUGCCAACAACAAGCCAAAGAUACAUCAAAAGUCGAACAGUAACAACAACUCUGCUGUUCCAGUGGUAGCAAGUGGAGCACAACCACCAGCAGCAGGAGGAGUAGUAGUACCAAGCAAGCCAGAAGGUGGCGGUGGCGGUAGACCAAGGAAGCAGCCAGCAACAGCAGCACCAUCAACAGCAGCACCAUCAACAGCAGCUGCAGCAACCAAACAACAAUAA